AUGGCUGGGAUAAGGACCUCGCUCCUGCUGGUGGCCGACAUCGUGGUAACGGUGCAGCUGUGCAGGAGAUUAACCCGCUGGCGGCUGCGCUCCCGCCAGCGCCUUCACGCUUUCCUUUUGGAGAUGUUUAGCACCUUCCAGAUUUGCACCUGCACUAGUGAGCUGUGCCUGCUGAGCAGCGUGGAGCUGCAGCCACGCACCGCCCUGGCUUUCACCUAUGCUCUGACUGUCCUGCACGGCAUAACUCUGACUGGCACCGCAUGCAAUCCCUGUGGCACUUUGCAGUCGAUGUUGGGCAGGGCGGUAUCGGUCAAGAUGGAUGGACUCAAGAUCGUGGCUCAGUUCGUGGCGGCAGUGCUUGCCAGAGUGUUCAUGCACUUCAUCUGGAGCCUGGAGAUGGCAGAGCCACAUCUCGGAGCGCACUCACGCGGCUGCAGCAACCCCAUGCAGACUACAGUGGUGCAGGCGUUCUGCCUAGAACUGCUCUUUUCUGUCGUUUUCCAGGAGGCCAUUCUGCUACUGAAAGAGUUUAAUCACAUAUACAAAGCCCAUUUGAUUGCUCUGCUCACCACCAUGCUCGUGUAUGCAGGUGGCGAUCUCACAGGAGCAACAUUUAACCCAGCGUUGGCUUUUUCAUUACAUGCAGAUUGUUUCUAUGACCAAUUUUACAGUUACUCCUUGGUAUAUUGGAUAGCACCAUCCUUAGGUAAGUUCUUAAUACUCUGUGUAUUUGAGAAAGUGUUAUUUAGUACGUGGUUCCAAAAAUGGCUGCUCUCUAUUUGA